UGUGUAAACAUAUGUUAGUUCAUACGUUAUAAAUAUAUUGUCUUUAUCGACUUCAUUCUGAUAGUUCGACGUUGAAUUAGUGAGAGGGAUAGUUAACUGUUACAUUGGAAUAUAUUUGGUCGCUCCUGAUAGUUCAGGUUGAUCAGAAAAAGUGAAUACCAAAUAAAUUUGCAAAACUUGACCUCAUACCGACAUAAUAGGUUAUUACUUGUAAUAGAAAAUUGUUGAGAACGUAUCGCCUUCUUGAAGAAUAAGUAUUAGAGGUAUGGGACAUUGAUUUAUGUGUAAAUUGUAAAUUUAUUUUUAACAUGUCUGUUCCAUUUACUGGUGUAGUAGGUUCUCGUUCAGGUGGGGUUAUCAGUGCCAUCGUUAAAGAAACAAAAAGGUUGUCACUUAAACCUGUUAAACGUGUUGUAUUUCAAUUUGACCCUUUUGUGGAAGAAUCAGUACACACCAGGAACUUCUUGUUCAACAUUACAAAAAAGAGCUUAAUCAAAACCAACCCAAGUGUUAUUGUGAAGACCAACGUAGUCUGCGACAGAAGUGACCCAUCAGUUACUUUCAGUUUAGAAAAUGGAUCUUCCGUGUUGUUCAAGGCUAAGAACCUCACGACACUAGAGAUGUUCCAGCUGUACAACAAAUACAUCACAUCCCUGUUGCCAAAAGAGGAACCAGUGACUGUAUUGAAGACGAAGUCAGAGAAGGCGGCACAGAAGAAACGUUAG